AUGUACGAUAAAGUCACAAUGAUUCAAAGUUCACUCUAUCCAAUUAUCAUCCUAUUAGUCAAUCUGCACAGUGAAGAAAGGACCCUGGCUUUCAAGACUAUGCUAACAAAUUCCAUUACUCACCAAGAUAUAACACAAACAGCAAUUUUACAAACGACAGCAGAAGUCUGUAAGGCUCAGGCACUUCAACAAGGAAGGAAUUUUGUGCAGUCAGCUGUAUGGACAGUUGAGUCUCUGACAGAAGCUUGCUCAUCUCCUUCAUCAGCUAAAGGUUUCCAACAAGCCAUUAAAACAGUUUGCAGUAGUAACGCCUGGGUUGAUUUUCACCAUGCGAGUGAUGCAGAAUACCACUUUGAUGACGAGAAAUUUUUUGGGGGCUGGAUCCUCAUCCAAAACAGUGUCAGAGCUGUUAAAGCUGCUGCAAAAGAGAAGAACUAUGAAACAGCAAGAAAGCUGUUGGGUGAGGCUCUGCAUCCUCUACAGGAUUUCUACAGUCACAGCAACUGGAUAGAACUGGGGAACCGAUUUCCAUACUCCAACCUGAUCAGACCCGAUCGCCCUAUAGAUAAUAUUGCUGGAGAAAAAAGACCCACUUGUAGAAACUGUGAUGGAGAUGCCUGUAUAAACAACAUCCUGGAAGACAUCAAUGAAGAGGGAAAACUGACAUCAGGAUACUUUUUGUCCAGGCCACCUGAAAAAUGUAGCCACGGAGGUGUAGCUGACAUCUCAAGUUGGUUUAAAGGUGGAAUCAAUAAAGAUACACAAUCGUCCAGUCAUGGUAACCUUCAUGACGACGCUGCAACAGUGGCCAUUGCUGCGACCAGACAACUACUGGAAGACAUUAGAGGUUACUUGGGAGACUCUAACUUUUUGAGAUUGAUGGGCUUCUCUCAGACUUCAGUACUGUGCUUUGUGAUUGACACCACAGGCAGCAUGGGGGAUGACAUUAAUGAAGUACGACGAGUCACUUCUAACAUCACAGACAGUAUGAAAGGCACUGUAGCAGAGUACAUUCUUGUGCCAUUCAAUGACCCUGACUUUGGACCACUAAUAAGAACAACAGAUCCUGAUGAAUUCAAAUUACAAAUUAAUGCCCUUCAACCGCAUGAUGGAGGGGACACACCAGAGCUCUGCCUCUCGGGACUCCGGCUGGCUCUUACUAGCUCACCUCCCCAGACUAAAAUAUUUGUUUUCACUGAUGCUGAUGCAAAGGACAAAGAGUUAAAAAGUACUGUUUUGGCAUUGAUUGAAAGCACAAAGUCUGUGGUGAACUUCAUGCUGACUAAUGGUCUUGCUGCUCGUCGGAGACGGAGUGAGGAUUCGAAUCGAGGGCAGAGGCAGCAUUACUCCACCAGGAUCUCCAAUCCCUUAAAUCAGGUCUAUGAGGAUUUAGCUCUGGCCUCUGGAGGGCAGGCGAUUGAAGUUACCAAAGCAACACUUCCUCAAGCCACCAGCAUUAUAUUGGAUGCCUCCACAUCUGCUCUAGUAACAGUUUUCCAAAUUGUAAGGAACCCAGGAAAAACAGAAGCCUUCUCUUUUAUUGUGGACUCCUCAUUGAAAAAUAUUACAAUCUAUAUUACAGGCAAUUCUCUAUUGUUCAACAUCACAAGCCCCACAGGUGAUUCACAGACUAAUGAAGAAUUAAGUGGAAAACUGGGCUUGGUUGAGCAUGUGGGCAACUUUUACACAGUGCGUUUGACUAUACUUGAUCAAGUAGGCCUUUGGAACAUUAACAUAAGCUCAUUACAGGCCUAUACCAUCAAAGUCCAUGGCCAAAGUGACAUUGACUUCCUAUUCAACUUUGUGGAGCUGAGCAAAGAUGUUCAUUCAGGCUACAGUGUAUUAAGAGGCAGACCCCCAGCAAACAGUAACAUCACACUAUUGCUUACCGUCAUGGGUGGGGACUCUGUUACCCUUACAGAGGUGUCCCUUGUGGAAGCAUCAGGAUCCCAGACUAUUAAUGGAACACUAGAAAGGGUUGCAGUUAGGGAUUUCUUAGUCACAAUGAACAGUGUCCCAGCAGGAGAAUUUGUUGUCCGUGUGUUUGGGGAGAGGAGUUCUUCACGUUCAUCAAAUAGUCUCUUUCAGAGACAGUCUGUCACUCAAAACAGAGCUUCCAGUGUGGUUAUUACUGCUACAACCAAUGAGGUAUGGGAGCCUGGGAAGACACUGAGCAUCCCUUUCACAGUGGUGUACAGUGGCUCUGAUGCACUCUUCAACAUUAAUGCCAGGAAUGACCGUGGGUUUGCCACAGUAUUUCCCAGCACCAUGUCCGUUGGAGGUGGGAGUAUUGGAAAUAGCACAGUAAAUCUCACUGCGCCAGUAGCCACCACUUCAGGCACUGAAGUGACUCUCACCAUUGAGGCUGAAACAUCAGGGAAAAGUGAUUUCAACUAUGCUGUGCUUAGGCUUACAGUUGUUUCUCCGAUCACAGAUGUCACCUCUCCAGUCUGUGAGAUUAUCAGCGUAAAUGCUAACUGCUCAAGCAACUGUAGCCUGUCCUCAUGGGAGCUCUCAGCCAACCUUACUGAUGGAAAUGGGACGGGCAUCGUGUCUGUGACUCUUCGUCAGGGCCUUGGAACCCUCAACACAAGCACCCCACUCGGGGACGGAGGAGUGAACGUCACUCUUGCAUUCUACAGCGCCUCUUGUUGUUCUGAAGUAAUGGAACUGGUUGCUGUAGACAGAGCUGGAAAUGUUGGCGUUUGCUCAAGAUCAAUAGCAUCUUCUGUUAGCACCACACCAAACACCUCAACGUCCAGAACAAACAGCAUGAGCGGGGCGUCUAAAGGCAAGACAGGGAAGGACCCACGUCUGGCGCGGCGCUCUCCGUGGCCUGUGUCGCCACAUUCCCGGUCCCGCCCUCUGCCAACGGUGAAGAUCCGGUUAAUUUGGGUUCGAACCGUUUUGGCGGCUGUAGCCGAAUUUAGGCGGGACGAGGUACCGACGAAGAGAGACAUCGAGGAAGGCUGGACCGUAAUAGAGACUUCAUAG